AAACGACCAAAGCACAGUCUUGCAAAAACCAAAUCUAGCUUUGUGUCGCGCAUUGUGCUUCACGACCAACUAUCGAAGAUCAUGACGACCAAAGCCAUCGAUGACGAGUUUCUGUUCUACAACGUCGGCGCAAGUUUUAUCUGGGAAGACGCCAAUGGCAAGAUAAAGAAACCCUUGUCCCGAAUCGUCUUUUCCAAAGAUUAUCCGACGUGCCAUGAUGUAAAUCCAGUGACACGCUCGAACCACCAGUUGGAUGUCAUGAUUGGGUUCUCUUCAGGAGACUUUGUGUGGUGUGAUCCAGUAGGUAACAAAUAUUGUCGUAUCAACAAGGGAGGAAUUAUGAAUGAUAGCUCAGUCACUAUGCUUAAAUGGGUGCCAGGCUCGGAAGAUAGAUGGAUGGCAUCCUUUAAUGAUGGCUCAAUUCUCUUGCUGGACAAGGAUCGAGAUGACCAGAACUUUGUGGGCCCAUCGUAUCAUGAAGAGCAAGGGUUUCAUGCUUCAAAGUUUCACAAGAAUUCAAGACACAAUCCGGUUUCUCAUUGGAGAGUCAGCGACAAGAGCAUUACUGCAUUUGCUUUUUCGCCUAAUGGGAUGCAUGUUGCAACGGUUGGCUAUGAUGGUAUCUUGAGAAUUAUUGAAUUCAAAACUGAAAGAUUACAAGAUGUAUUUGGUGGAUAUUAUGGCCGAUUACAAUGUGUAGCAUGGAGUCCGGAUGGAAAAUAUAUUCUGACUGGUGGUCAAGACGACUUGGUGACCAUCUGGUCAUUUGUGGAGAAACGAAUCAUUGCCCGCUGUCAAGGACAUCGCUCAUGGGUUACGGCUGUAGCCUUUGAUCCCUGGCGUUGUGAUGAUAAAGUCUACAGAUUUGGAAGUGUAGGAGAAGACUGUCGACUACUAUUAUGGGACUUUUCAUUUGGAGCACUUCACCGGCCCAAGCAGGGCAGGAUCCCUGUCCAACGGAACCCCUUUUGCACGGUUCCGUCGACGGUCUUCACGAGGGCCUGGGACUGCGACUACCAUAGCGACGACUGCAGUGAUGAACACCAACGUACCUGUGACGACGAUCGGACCUGUGACAGCGUGACAAAUCCUACGGUACACCCGGUCCUGACAAAGACUCAAGUCUCGGUACUCCAGCCUGUGUGCUCCCAAAAGAUCCAUGCAGAUCCGUGUGUAGAUCUACAUUUCGGAAAGUCGACAGUCGUCACGUCUGAUCGAAGAGGUUGUGUUCGUACCUGGGGCCGGCCCUAA